GGAGUCUGCGCAGUAGGCGCAGCGCUGAAAUUCAAAUUUGAACGGUAGUUGUUUUUUGUGCAGAGAGAAGAGAAGCUGAGAGAAGAGAGAAGAGAGCCACUCAGCUCCCGCGUCUGUUUUGUGUACACAAAGGAGUGUACAAAACUUUUAACUGUCCAAGUUGUGAAGACAUUGCUUGAGUCGGAAUCAGCCGUCAAAGAUGGAUCCGUUUACUGAGAAACUGUUGGAGCGGACUCGGGCUCGAAGGGAAAACCUCCAGAAGAAAAUGGCGGAGAGACCAAACGCAGCAAACAGAGCGAUGGUCAAAAGGCCCAGGGAGCCACUGGUUGACACAAACAGUGUGAUCAGUGAGCCAGUCACUGAUAAAGCUCCACAGGUGUCCUCCAGGCCGUCCCCCUCCAAGCGCAAGUGCUCAGGGGAAAACGUCCAGCCUGCAGCUGGUGAGGAGAAUCAGGAGCCCACCAUGACACGAGCUGUGACUCAAGUGCUUUCAGAUCCUCCCACAGACAAGAAACCCCCCGCUGGCCCCAUCGGCGUCCGAACCUCCUCCUCCCUGGAGAGAACUGCUACCCGGCCUGUGGUUCAGUCUCAGCCUGGGCAGCUGAAAACUGCACAGCCGGAGCCAGAGAAGAUGACCAUCCCUCCUUCUCCUGAUCCUCCGAGCAGCAGAGAAGUAGAGGCGGUGCAUCUGAGUUCAGCUGUGCAGAGGAGCAAGGAGCACCUGGUGGAAGAUCCAGCUCCUUCUGCUGCUGGAAUGAAGUCCCGUCUUCAGAGGCUGGCGCAGAGAAAGUUUUGGGAUGGAGAUGAUAACUCUGAUGAUGCUGCAGACUGCACCCCAAUCUCAGCGAUGACAAGACAACCUGAGGUCCCAGCAGUGGUCCCUCCUGCAUUCUCAGGUACUCCACUGGGGAGAAAAGGACGACUGGCCAACCUCGCUGCCACCAUCGGAUCCUGGGAAGAUGACCUGAGUCAUGCUAACAUCCCCAAAGAGCAGGCAAAGGAGAAGCCUGGCAAAGCUGUUCCCAAGGUAUCAGUCCAAGGAGACACCGUGGCUUUCAGCACUAAACCAGGUGCUGCGGGUCAUGUGGAGGCCAAGGCAUCUGCAAGCAGCAAGGCUACACCCUCCUCUAAUCAGGUGGCAAAUUCUCUGGUAAAGUCCAGCAGAGUUGUUUUCCCGAGCCCUCAGAAGGUGGACAUUCCUGCAGCCAAGCCAGCACUCCAGUCCGUCUCCAGUCCCCAGAAGAGCUCCAUCCAGGCCAAAGCCCUUCCGUCCAGUCCCCAGAAGACCUACCCCUCCUCUUCAACAUCAGUCCCUCAUAGCCCCCUGAAGAACCCUGUCCUUUCCAGGGGUCUCGACCCCACCUCCAGCCCCCAGAAACCUGAACUCCGGGCUAAACCGUCUAAUGUCCCACAGGAAAAAGUGACAACCGGAGGACCUGGUGUGAAAUCUUUCCUGGACCGAUUUGGAGAGAAGUGUCAGGAGCGUACCAACAACAGCUCCCCAGCAGGGGGUAGCAGUCACAACAAGACCCCAACUGUAACUCCAGCAGUCACACCAAACACCAGACUGGUCCAGGAGAGGCUUAGAGCCGCCCAUGCUGCAAACACCACCACUGCAGAUCUCACCCAAAGACAGAAACUGGAGCGAGAGUCUGAGCUGGCUCAGAUUCGCAGUCGCUUCCAGAAGGGAAACAAUAUGUGGAAAAACAAAGAGGAAGCAGCUGAAACCAACAAAAACACAGACGUCAAGGAGCAGAUUUCCAAACCUGUGGAGGCUGAAGUGGUCCCACGUGAGCCACAGGAUGAACCUGCUGUACCUUUUACUCAGAGAACAGAUACACCCACAAAGUGCACUCCUCCAGGUUUCGGGUUGGUGGACACCCCUCCAGCCUCCACAUCCAGCCCUCUGAGGGUCGGGGUCCAUGCUGCAGAGAAAACCACAGACAAAACCCCAGAUGAAGAGCAGGAGGUCGUUAAAGAGAUAGAGAUGAACGUGGACGGAUCCAUCAACUCAGAGGUGAUCAACGACCUGUUUGAUGGGAUCCUGGAGCAGAGUGAUGAUCAGAAUGACGAAGAGGAGGAGGAGGAAGAUGCUCUGAAUAUCUCCUCCAUGUCUCUCCUCAUUCCGCUGGCAGAGACUGUGGUGAAGAGUCCAGACAGAAGAAUGAUGACAUCGACUCCAGCCUGCUCGUUCCUCGUUAAGAACAACACUCCAGAAGGUAUUUCCAGACCAAGCAAGUUCCAGAGGACAAACAUGAUCCGGACCGCCUCCUCAGACAGCAUUGAUGCCGCAGAUGAGGACCCCAAACUGCUGUACAGCAUUGAUGCAUACAGGUCCAUCAGAGUGAAAGAGACGGAGCGACCCGACAUUAAACAAGUCAUUGUGAGGAAAGAGGACGUCUCGAACCGAGCAGAGGAACCCAGAGGAUCCAGUCUCUUCAGUAUCAAACAGAAGAUGAAGAUUCUGACCAAUGAGCUGAACCUGCAGCAGACAAUCAUCCAUCAGGCCAGUCAGGCGCUAAACUGCUGCACAGAUGAAGAACACGGCAAAGGAUCUCAGGUGGAGGCUGAGGCCGAGAGGCUGCUGCUGGUGGCAACGGAGAAGAGAGAGGCGUUGAAAGCCGAGCUGGACCGUCUGAAAGGAGACCCAGCAGGCCAGAAGAAGGUCCCUGCAGCCCCAGAGCCUGCUGGUAUGUCUGCCUCCAAAGGCUCCAUCACCCUGCAGGAGCUCCGCCUGCCUCUUAAGGCAGAAUUUGUCUGCUCCACUGCCAACAAGCCAGAGUCCACCAAAUACUCCUUCUUCAUCAUGAUUCGAGCCGGAGCAGAGAACACGGUGGCCACGCCGUUAGCCAGCACACACCGCGGCCUCAGCGGGGACACGCUCGCUUUCCCCACCAAGUUCCACAUUCCUGAGGUCUCCAGCAACUUUGAAAUUGAUAUUGAGAUCUACGGCCUGAUGCAGAAGCGUGAGGUCUGCGUUGACAAGAAGAAAAAGUCCAGCAAGUCGAAGAUGAUAUGGAGACAGGUCCAUGAGGCCCAUGAUUUGUGUAUGUCGGCUAUCACUCCAAAAAGAUUCCUUGCCAUCACUAAAAGCGGACAAACACCAGUUGUUGCCAGUCCAGGGGGUCCGAGUGCUGUUCGCACCAGUCACUUCGUCCUGGUCGGAUCACACAAGCUCACCUUGUCCUCCAUCGGGAAAAACAAAUUUCCUCUGGAGAAGAUCAAGUAUGAAGGAGGUGAAAGAGAACUGCUCAGGGACAUGUUUCACACCAAGGUGCCGUUCUUGUGUCCUCUGGAGGGUCAUGUCUUCCUCCAGAUGCAGUGUGAGGUUGGCUCAAAGGUGGAAGGGAAGGGUUUCCUGACAAUGUUCGAAGAUGUCAGCGGCUUCGGAGCGUGGCACAGAAGGUGGUGUGUGUUAUCAGGAUACUGCAUCUCCUACUGGACCUAUCCAGAUGAUGAGAGGCGCAAGAACCCCAUUGGUCGCAUCAACCUGGCUAACUGCACCAGCAAGAAGGUGGAGCCCGUGAACAGAGAGUUCUGUGCCAGACCGAACACAUUUGAGCUGAUCACAGUGAGACCACAGAGAGAGGACGACAGAGAGACGCUGGUCAGCCAGUGCCAGAACACCAUGUGUAUCACCAAAAACUGGCUGAGUGCGGACACUAAAGACGAGAGGAAUCUGUGGAUGAGCAAACUGAGCCAGAUUGUGGUGGACCUGCGUAUGUGGCAGCCCGAUGCCUGCUACAAGCCACUGUAAUCCCUGCACUCUGUCACACCCAGCCCUCUCUCAUGGACUGUCAAUAUCAGUGACGCAUGCAAAUACCAAGUGCAAUACACAGUGACAACUGUUCAAUAUUCUUCUUGUGGAUGAGGCAUCAGACAUUUAAGAAGUAGAGGAGAGCAAAUAAAGCCAUACAUUCAGAACAUUUCAGUAUUCUGUGGAGGAGGAGAAGAAGAAGUCAGCUCUUUGUUUCAUACAUUUUCACUGUUUGGAUGCUUGGAUGUUUUUGAGAAUAUUUCGUGAGCGCGACACAUCAUGCAUGGCUUUAAAUUGUUUGAUUUCGAAGCUGAAAUCAAUCUUUAUAAAUGUUUGAAAUUACAGAUGAAUAUUAAUUUGAAGCACAACAGUUGUACAAUAUUUUAUCCUGCUUGAUGGCACAGAAAAAUACUGAUACCUUUGGAGGUGUUAACUUUAUUUAUUAGCUUUUAUGACUUCUGGCAGGAUUUUCAGGUCUGUUUUCUUCAAUACUAUGUGCAGAUAUUUGACACGCACACUUUUAUUCUGUAUGUUCGUUUAUGUUUAUGUUGUUUCUGUGUGGAAAACUACUCAUGGUCUGCUACAUGCUCUGCACAAUACACACUUUUUGCAACCACAUGCUGGUCAAUAACCAUGUUUUGUAGAUGGACGUGAGACAUUUUUGAUAAGGGUCCUCGUUUUUAUAUGACAGAGUUAGACGGAUGAGGCAGCCAUGUCAUUCAAUGGUCUCUUGGAAUAGCAUUUUGGCCGUUACCUCCUGGUUUUCUGGAGUCAAACCAGAUUUGGACAUGAGCAGAGCUAAGGAGGAGUGAAGGGUGAGCAAACUUAGCUUAAAGUUGUCUUGGUUAGCCAGAUGCAUCCAUAAAAAACAUCAUCUUAAGUCAAAUAGGAUGCUCAUUUUGAGCAGCGAAACAUGGGGGCAGUGUCAGAGUGCCUUUGAGUGUAACUCAACCAAAAACAAGGCUAAAGCAUACCCUGUGUUUAAUGUCUCUAAAUGGGAGCAUCAUUUAGAAAAUAAACAUCAUUCUUUAUUAAAGUAGACCUGAAACUACAGAUUGAGAUUAUAAACCCUUUAGUUUACAGAGGGGAUAAAUCACCUUAGAAGUAGCUUGUUUCCUCAUUCCUCCUCAGUUCUAUACAAUCUACAACUCAUUUGCAAUCAGUGGAGUCGCCCCCUGCUGGCCAUUACAAAGAAUGCAAGUUUAAGGCACUUCCGCAUUGUCUGCUCUUUUAAAACAGGUUAUUUCCAUUCCUUAUAAGAUAGUCUUGUGUUUAAUCACUCCCGGGUUCUGCGCUGACACAGACACAUUGCUAUUGGUAAUCAUGGCUAGCUUAUUAGCUUGCCGUUACUCAAAUGUAAUGUAGAAAGAUAGGGCUCUAAAGUGAUGUCGGUCAUGGGGGAGAAUUCAGCUUCUGUUUUAUUGGCUGCAAACCCUGAGCUCUCAGAAUAACUUGUUGGGCACAUGAUUCGUGUAAAUGUACUGCUCCAGUUUCUGUUUUAUUUUGAAAGGAGGCAGGUUCUUUUAUUUGUAGUAAUAUAUGGAAUACGUGACAUGUUUUUAUACUCGGCUUGUGUUGCUAAUAGAGAGUAUGUAGCUGAUUUUACAGGUGUUCUGUAAAUCUGAUUUCAGACGUUCACACAGUUUGUGCAUGACUCCUACAUUUGUUUUCAUUAUUAAGAAUAUAACCGCAGGGAGUAAGUUAAUGGCUGCAGCGGAUACUUUAAAAAACGUCGAUAUAUUCACGUUGUCAGGUGUUUGUGGAAACUUCAAUAAAUGCCUGCUUUGACCAAAAUAAAUCAGGUUACUGAUGUUGAA